UGUAUGCUUAAAACUAAAGUAGUCUAACCUAAAAAUUUGACAGCUGUUUUAAUGUAAAAUCAAUAAAUAAAAAUAGCUUCAAAACAAGAUAUAUUCGAUUAAUUUUCUUUGUGCAAAAUGGUGACUUUUAACAAAGGUUCACCGGAAACUGACAGGUACGAACAAUCUCCAAAUUAUAUGGACAUAAAUGGGCCACCAGACAUUGAUGACAAUGAUGAGGAAGGAGUUUAUGCUGGCUAUGAACCUCUUGGUAUGCAAGAUUAUGAAGAAAUGAAUGUGGAAAGUGACGAAGAGGAACACGAAGACACGCAAGAAGUAAAUAAUACCCAGGAUUCAAGUGUACCUCAAAUAGAACCUAUUGAAAAUGAAUUAAUAAGAGAAGUUUGGUCUGCACCUGCUUCAGGUGAUAUACCAUUAGAUGAGAAUAAAAUUGAUGAAAUUAAACAGCUGAUGAAGGGAAUAACUUUGCCAGUAGGUUCAAUGCCAGAUUGGGUCAACAAUGAGGAAAUUGUUAAUAGUUUAAUACACAAGACAAAACAGAGUAAAUGAAUAAUGAUUUUAAGCAAUGAGUGAUAUUUAUUGUAUAUUAGGUUAAUUGUAAUUCUUAGUUUUAAUAAUAUGUAUAAAAUAUAUUAACUAAUUUUAUUAUGUAUUAUAGAAUAUUGAAUAAAAUGUCAAAUAUA